CUCAACAGGGGCGAUGAGGGGCUCAUUAACGAUUCAUCCAGCUCUCUGAUCAGAUCGACAGGGGUCAUUCCAGGCGGUUUAGAUUAAGUACUCUCAGGCAGCACAACUAACACCGCCAAUCCCUUUUACUGCACUAUCCAGAAACCAGAUGGCGCAGUCCACCUUCACUACCCGACAAUACACGUCGAAAAACUUCGUCGAGAGCUGCGGUGCCGUUCUGUUCGACCUCGCCAGCCCCACACUCGAUGUGUGCCUCCUACAUCAUCUCAAGACAGACGAAUGGUAUCUUCCCAAAGGACGCCGGAACCAGUCCGAGUCUCGUCGCGAUGCUGCUGUGAGGGAAGUCAUGGAGGAGACUGGCUAUCGAUGCCAUAUUUAUCCUGUGAGGAUGGCAACGCGUGCUCCAUCAACAGACGACCCUGCGAAUGUGUCGGACAAAGUUCGCAUAUACCCACAUCUGACUGAGCCAUUCAGGUUUACAAUGAGAGAGCUUGAUAGCGACAGCGUGAAGCUUAUAUGGUGGUACAUUGCUGCACUGGACGAUGGAGCGCGGAGCAAACCCCUGGUAGGAGAAACAGCCUUCAAGGCAGAGUUCUUUUCAUGCGACGAGGCCGUUGAGAAACUGACCUUUCAAACGGAUCGUGAAGUCCUGCUUAAUGCUCUGAAGCUGGUGGGCUCGUCAAAAAGAUAGCCGCACACACCAGAUUUGACGAAGUACAACUUGGGGUAUGUGUGAUCAUCAAUUCGUUAUAUUGCUGCUUUUGUGCUGCUACGUCUGUUACCUGCACGACACAUUCAUUGCUCAAUCAUCCUUGUUGAGCCACUGCUUCGAAGCAUCAUACAACUUCUCGAAGGCCGGAUCGAAAGCAGUGAACUUCUCGUACAGUCCAUCGCCGAUACGCUUAAGGAACUCCAAGAACGUCACCAGAAUGAAAUCAGCAUAAGUCACUACCACUCGUUAGCCAGAUCGACCCGUUGAAAGCGGGAAAGACGCACCUCUAUCGCCCAGGAAGU